ACUUCCAAAAUUUUUUUUUAAGUUAUCAAUUAUUGCAUGAUGAAACUUUUGGAAAUGGACACUAGUAAGGAAACGUUCAAAGUAUUGUUAGAAAACUAUUUCCUUUUGACGUUUGUAUGUAAACUGCAGCGGAAGCGGAAAUUCGGCAAUAAAAAAUUAAAACCUUUGUACAACCUCUACAAUGAUUAAAUCAAAUUUCCAGCUUUUCUCCGAAAACUCGUUACUUGCAACUGUUUAAAAAUAAAAUUGUAUAAUAUACUAUCCGUGAUUUUGGAUGUUCAGGAGCAAAGCUGCUAUUCAACACAGUUUGUGUACAAAAUUUGAAAGCCACUGUAAACAAAUUGGAGAAGUCAGCUGAUUUUCACACUCUACGUAUUUACAAAAAAGCAAAACCUAUUCCAGUGAUUGUUUAAAGAAAAAUUUAAUUAUUUUUCCACAAGAGGAAAGAAAUUUUUGUUUAGAAUCAUAAACAUAAUGGAAUGGUUUAGUAUAGUAAUAUUAGUUCUAUUAGGUGUGCAAAUAACACAGCAAGUGGACUACGAUUGUGAAGAUUUAUUAAUGGGUCAAUAUAUUUGCCCAGAUCCUGGAAAGAAGCAUAUAGAUCCCGAAACCCAGCAAUAUUUCGGUUGUACAAAAGAGAACAAAGCACGUGUUUGGUGCUUAGCUGUGGAUGGAAUCAAUUGCACGGAAACCGCCAAUAAUACAUUCACAAAGGAGUUUCCCUGCCAAUGGACCAAUGGCUAUCACCUUGACACCACUCUGUUGCUGUCGGUCUUUCUUGGUAUGUUUGGUGUCGAUCGCUUUUAUUUGGGUUAUCCUGGUAUAGGCUUAAUAAAGUUUUGCACGCUUGGUGGCAUGUUUCUCGGUCAGCUAAUAGAUAUUGUACUCAUUGCUACACAAGUAGUUGGACCCGCUGAUGGCUCGGCGUAUGUGAUACCAUACUAUGGUGCCGGAAUACAUAUUGUACGUAGCGAUAAUACCACUUACCGAUUACCGCGUGAUGAUUGGUAAAAAUGGUACUCAGUUUCAAAUAUCCAUUCACAGACUGAGCACGUGUAAAUGUAAUUGCAUAAGAAGAUAGAAUAAGUAGUUAUACGAGUUUUUAUAAAACUAAUAAAU